AUGGUAGAUGGCAAAGGCAGCAGUGUGAGGGGAAGCAAUCACACCACCAAACAGGAAGCCAGCGAGAGAAUCUAUCACUGGAUGAGCCUGAUCAGUGAGAGAUACUCAGAAGUGGCGACCCAGCAUUUUCUAGGAAUGACAUAUGAGACCCGGCCCAUGUACUACCUGAAGAUCAGCCAACCAUCAAAUAACCAUAAGAAGAUCAUUUGGAUGGACUGUGGAAUUCAUGCCAGGGAAUGGAUUGCCCCUGCUUUUUGCCAGUGGUUUGUGAAAGAGGUUCUUCUGUUACAGGAUCGUUACUGGAGGAAAUCUCGCUCAUCCCACAACAAUGGCACAUGUUUUGGAUCGGAUCUCAACCGAAAUUUCAACGUCUCUUGGUGCAGUAUUGGUGCAUCCAAAAACUGUGAAAAUUUAACAUUCUGUGGGACAGGACCCCUGUCUGAACCAGAGACUAAAGCUGUCUCCAGUUUUAUAGAGGACAAGAAGGAGGACAUUUUGUGUUUCCUGACUAUCCAUUCUUAUGGCCAGCUCAUUCUCACACCAUAUGGCUACACCCAAAAUAAAGCAAGUAACCAUGAAGAAUUGAUUCAAGUUGGACAGAAGGCAGCAUAUGCAUUAAAAGCAAAGCAUGGAACCAAUUAUAGUGUUGGAUCGAGUGCAGAUAUUUUAUAUGCCACAUCAGGUUCUUCAAGAGACUGGGCUCGAGACAUUGGGAUCCCCUUCUCAUACACGUUUGAGCUGAGGGACAAUGGUACCUAUGGGUUUGUCCUGCCUGAAGCUCAGAUCCAGCCUACCUGUGAGGAGACCAUGGAGGCCAUUCUUUCCAUCCUGGACGAUGUGUAUGCAAAGUAUUGGCCCUCCAACAGUGCUGGGAAGGUGACAGCCACCAGUAUGGUGCUGAGCCUGCUGUGGUUCUUCACUUCUCCCCUCUAA